AUGUUUAUCAACGCGGAGCCCGGAUAUGUCUCCAACGGCUUCGAAGCCUUUGUCCCAUUCCACGGAACGGAGGCGGCGUUUCAUCAAAGACUUGUUGAGAUGGCGAACAACGAUGCCAAGGCUUGGAGUAUCUUCAGGCCCGUGUUAUCGUCAACUAGUGGCAGCUGGGAUGGAAACCUCGAUGAGUACAGCAACAACGAAAACUUUCAAGUUCACAGCCUGUACGGAGGAUACUACCCAGAGACAUGUUGUGUUACCCCGAGCCAAGCUGUAGAUUUGCCUGGAAUCGUGGGCUACUCGCAGGCACACCAACCUCAACACCAAUCCUACGAAAAUAUCUCCACCUCGCAACCACCGUACCAGGAGCAAACAAGCGAAAUGAUAUGUCUCGGAAGACCAAGCCCAAUGCUAGGGAAUGACUAUUCCCAGAUGAGCUUGGUCCGAGGACGAGGAAGCUUUGCUGAAUUUUCGAGCGUACGAAACGUCUUGAAGAAUGUCGGCCAUCAACCUCAGGCUAACGGCGGCAAUUCAUCGUUCACAUCGCCUUCUGGUUUACCUCAAUCGACAUAUGCUGAGAGAACCUCCAUGCAAGACAAUUCAAUGAAAAUCUCCGCCACAAGCGCUGAAAUUGUUCACAGCAGCUACUCAGAACCGCAAGCAUUUGCCGACUGUCGAACGAUAGACUCUACUAAUACCAGGAGCAGUGACAUAUCGACUAUCAAGGCCUACUGUUGGCCAGACAAUUUGCGCGGAAGUAAAGGGCCUAUAAGCUCGUUUGAGCUUCCUUUUAGUAACGACGGAUUGCCGAGAUGCCCACCGCAGCAAUACAGCGAUCCUUGGAGCUCCACCUCUGGAUCAACAUCGACAUGGGGUCCGCAAUCCCUGGCUUCCAACACUAUAUCUCCUAAGUUGCUGACUUUGAACGUCUCGUCAGCGUCUCUCUCAUCCUCUGGAUCAAGCCAAGACUCAUUGCUGGCACUGUCCGACUCCAGUCCUGUCAUGGCGGUUGAUGGCCCUGGAGUGAGAUUUAUUCCGGAAGAACUCCAACUUGUUGAGCCACAACCUCUUCGUCGGCACCGUACAGCGCUUCCCGACUGCGUCCCCAGCUCUCGCAGAUUCGUACCGGUAGUGCCCAGCAAUGAUUUCCCUCCGAGCAGAAACGCCAAGAAGCAUUCGAAGGUGAUCAAAUUUCCACGUUACACUCGCAGAAAGAGCAGUCCUCCACCAAAAGACAUCCAGAAUCCCUCCUACAAUCACAGUCCGAGUCCGAGCCCACGUAUUUCGGAGGCUUGCUCUCCAAGAUCAGUUGCCACCCCCGCGUGGAUUGAUCCAAAGGCCUGGCAGCCAGCGAUUUCACCACAGCCCAGAGCUGAAGCACAAGUAUUAGAGACCCGAGAAUCCAGAGAUGAGUUCCUAGUCAACUCGAGAUUGGCUGGAAUGAGUUACAAAGACAUUCGUCGGCAAGGAAACUUCAAAGAGGCAGAAUCAACCCUCAGAGGACGUUUCCGCACCCUGACGAAGGACAAGACUCAACGAGUAAGGAAACCAGAGUGGGAAGAUAAUGAUGUUCGGCUUCUGAAGAGAGCUGUACUGAAGCUCAGCAGAGAAUCCGACAGAGCCAAAGGCAAAAUUCCCUGGAAGCUAGUCGCUGAAUACAUCGCCAAUAAUGGAGGGUCGUACCACUUCGGCAAUUCUACGUGUCGCAAGCGUUGGGACGAGCUUGAAGGAAGAAGUCGAUGGCAAUUAGUGGGAACAAUCUAA